AUCGUGGACAGGCCGCUGCAGGUUUUCCAUGUGGACGUGGAAGUGAAGGACAUCAACGACAACCCGCCCAGGUUCUCCGUAACAGAACAAAAGCUCUCGAUACCUGAAUCCAGACUGCUUGACUCUCGAUUUCCACUAGAAGGCGCAUCUGAUGCGGAUGUUGGAGAGAACGCAUUGCUUACUUACGAACUCAGUCCAAAUGAGUAUUUUGUUCUUGAUACUAUAAACAAAAAAGACAAAGACAAAUUCCCAGUGCUUGUUCUGCGGAAGCUGUUGGAUCGUGAAGAAAAUCCUCAGCUAAGGUUGUUAUUGACAGCAACUGAUGGAGGCAAACCUGAAUUUACCGGAUCUGUUUCUUUGCUGAUCCUGGUGUUAGAUGCCAAUGAUAACGCCCCUAUCUUUGACAGACCGGUUUAUGAAGUUAAGAUGUAUGAAAAUCAAGUGAACCAAACAUUAGUUAUAUGGCUCAACGCUUCUGAUUCGGAUGAAGGAAUAAACAAGGAAAUGAUGUAUUCAUUUAGCACUUUGGUCCCACCCACGAUAAGAAGGAAGUUUUGGAUAAACGAAAGGACGGGAGAAAUAAAAGUAAAUGAUGCUAUUGACUUUGAGGACAGUAACACUUAUGAAAUUCAUGUAGAUGUUACAGAUAAGGGAAACCCACCUAUGGUUGGUCACUGCACAGUCCUAGUGGAACUACUGGAUGAAAAUGAUAAUUCACCUGAGGUGAUUGUCACUUCUCUGUCUCUCCCAGUGAAAGAAGAUGCUCAAGUGGGCGCCGUCAUUGCCCUGAUCAGCGUUUCUGACCAUGAUUCAGGAGCCAACGGACAGGUCACCUGCUCUCUGACGCCCCAUGUCCCCUUCAAGCUGGUGUCCACCUACAAAAAUUACUACUCGUUGGUGCUGGACAGCGCCCUGGACCGCGAGAGAGUGUCGGCCUAUGAGCUGGUGGUGACCGCGCGGGACGGGGGCUCGCCUUCGCUGUGGGCCACGGCCAGCGUGUCUGUGGAGGUGGCCGACGUGAACGACAACGCGCCGACGUUCACGCAGUCCAAGUACACGGUGUUUGUGAAGGAGAACAACCCGCCGGGCUGCCAUAUCUUCACGGUGUCUGCGCAGGACGCGGACGCGCAGGAGAACGCGCUGGUGUCCUACUCGCUGGUGGAGCGGCGGGUGGGCGAGCGCGCGCUGUCGAGCUACGUGUCGGUGCACGCGGAGAGCGGCAAAGUGUACGCGCUGCAACCGCUGGACCACGAGGAGCUGGAGCUGCUGCAGUUCCAGGUGAGCGCGCGUGACGCUGGCGUGCCGCCUCUGGGCAGCAACGUGACGCUGCAGGUGUUCGUGCUGGACGAGAACGACAACGCUCCCGCGCUGCUGGCGUCUCCCGCUGGCAGCGCGGGAGGUGCAGUCAGUGAGCUGGUGCUAAGGUCUGUGGGUGCGGGUCACAUAGUAGCGAAAGUGCGCGCAGUGGACGCUGACUCGGGAUACAACGCGUGGCUGUCGUAUGAAUUGCAGUUGGCGGCGGUUGACACACGCAUCCCGUUCCGCGUGGGGCUGUACACGGGCGAGAUCAGUACGACGCGCACUCUAGAUGAGGAUGACUUGCCACGCCAGCGCCUAUUGGUGCUGGUAAAGGACCACGGCGAACCGGCGCUGACGGCCACGGCCACUGUGCUUGUGUCGCUUGUGGAGGGUAGCCAGGCACCCAAGGCCUCGUCGCGGGCUUCAGCGGGCCUAGCGCCCGAGGUGGCCCUGGUGGACGUCAACGUGUACCUGAUCAUUGCCAUCUGCGCGGUGUCCAGCUUGCUGGUGCUCACGCUGCUGCUGUACACUGCACUGCGGUGCUCGGCGGAGCCCACCGAGAGCGCAUGUGGGCAGGUGAAGCCCACACUGAUGUGCUCUAGCGCAGUGGGGAGCUGGCCUUACUCGCAGCAGAGGCAGCAGAGGUGUGUUCUGGGGAGGGCCCGCCCCCGCCCCCGCCCCCGCCCCCGCCCAAGACAGACCUCAUGGCCUUCAGCCCCAGCCUUCCACCGUGCCCAGUGGUAG